UUAAGCUUCCAGAAACUCUUUUAUCUUCUAAACCGCAAAACGUGACAAACACAAACCAACAAAAAAAAAAAAAAAAGGUUAACGAUGGCCUCUAUCACCACCAUUCUCCUCUCAAUACUCUUCGCGGUGCUGGUGUACCGUCUGGUUAACAAUCUAAUCAGAAGCAGGCGAAAGCUGCCGCCGGGCCCACGACAGUGGCCCGUAAUCGGGAACCUGCCCCACCUGGGCCAGGCGCCGCACCAGACCAUGGCCACCCUGGCGCGGAAGCACGGCCCGCUGAUGCACCUCCGUUUGGGCCAGGUGGACGUGGUGGUGGCGGCGUCGGCCUCCGUGGCGGCCCAGUUCCUUAAGACCCACGACGCCAACUUCUCGAGCAGGCCGCCCAACUCCGGCGCCAAGCACAUCGCGUACAACUACCAGGACUUGGUGUUCAGGCCGUACGGCCAAAGGUGGCGGUUGCUACGGAAGAUCACGUCCGUACACCUCUUCUCCGGCAAGGCCUUGGAGGAUUUCCGACACGUACGACAGGAGGAAGUAGCGGUACUAAUAAGCGCCCUAGCAAACAGAGGCUCGACUGCAGUAAAUUUGGGUCAACUGCUAAAUGUGUGCACGGUGAACGCCUUAGGACGUACAAUGCUAGGCUACAGGGUUUUUGGUGACGGUAGUGGCAAAAGUGAGCCGAGGGCGGAUGAAUUUAAGUCGAUGGUUGUCGAGGUGAUGGUGCUAGCGGGAGUAUUCAACUUGGGAGAUUUUGUGCCGGCACUAGAUUGGCUAGACUUACAACGGGUGGCUGCGAGGAUGAAGAAGCUCCACAAUAGGUUUGAUGCGUUCUUGACAACAAUUAUUGAGGAACACAAGGCUAAUGUUGGCAAGGGGAAGCACACUGACUUGCUCACUACAUUGCUUUCACUAAAGGAUGACGCGGAGGGCGAGGAUGGGAAGCUCACAGACACUGAAAUUAAAGCAUUGCUUUUGAACAUGUUCACAGCUGGUACGGACACUACAUCAAGUACGGUGGAAUGGGCCAUUGCGGAACUCAUCCGACACCCCGAAAUCUUGGCCAAAGUUCAAGAAGAACUUGACCGCGUCGUGGGCCGAGAUGGGCUCGUUAGCGAAUUGGACUUGGCCCAAUUGACUUAUCUCCAGGCCGUAGUGAAGGAGACUUUCCGGCUUCAUCCCUCCACCCCGAUGUCUGUACCACGGAUGGCAAACGAAAGCUGUGAAAUCAACGGCUACCACAUCCCCAAAGGGACCACUCUUCUUGUAAAUGUGUGGGCCAUAGCACGUGACCCGGCCGAAUGGACUGAUCCACUAGAGUUCAGGCCCGAAAGAUUCUUACCGGGAGGCGAAAAGGCGCAAGUAGACAUAAGAGGGAAUGACUUUGAAGUGAUUCCAUUUGGGGCUGGGCGUAGGAUUUGUGCGGGUAUGAGUUUGGGCGUGCGCAUGGUCCAGUUACUCACUGCAAGCCUGGUUCAUGGAUUCAAUUUAGGCCUACCUAAUGGGCUGCUACCUGAAAAACUCAACAUGGAUGAAGCAUAUGGGCUGACAUUACAACGGGCCGCACCAUUGAUGGUUCACCCUCAGCCUAGACUAGACCAACACUUAUAUUGAGCAUAAAUUUAGACGUGGCUAAUGAUGUUACAACUACUUACAUGAUGAAGCACUCUAUGGCUUAGUUAUGACUUAAUUUGGUAGUAAUGUAGGUUUUGAAAAAAUUAUUUUUAAUUAUGUUGAAAAAAAAAAAAAUAGUUGUUACAAAAAGUAACUGCGUGUUUAGUAAAUUAUAAUUAUACUAGCUGUGCUGGUUUCGUAAAUUGUGAGGUUGAAUUGUUGUGGGUAGUUAAAAU